AUGCCGCUCUCCAAGCCAGCUCCUUCGCAUGUCCUCUCCCAGUUCUCCCUCAAAGGCAAAACCGCCCUCGUAACAGGCGGCUCUCGUGGAAUUGGUCUUGAAGUGGUCACCGGCCUUGCAGAAGCAGGCGCAAAUGUAGCAUUUACCUACAGCACAACCUCGGCCAUUGAGUCGGACGCCCUUGCUUCAAAAAUCGCAAGCGCAACCGGUGUGACUAUCAAGGCGUACAAGAGUGAUGUACGGGAUGCGAAGGCUAUCAGUGAGACGCUUGCGCAAGUAGUGAAUGAUUUUGGAGCAUUAGAGGUCGUGGUUGCAAAUGCAGGUAUCGCAACGCAUAUCCCAGCUCUCGACUACACCCCCGAGCAGUUCUCAGAAAUCAUGCGCGUCAACCUGGACGGCGCUUUCUAUACAGCGCAAGCAGCGGGCAAGAUCUUCGAAAAGCAAGGUCACGGAAACAUAAUUUUCACCGCGUCAGUGUCCGCAAUCCUUGUAAAUGUGCCACAGAAACAGAUGGCGUAUAAUGCGUCCAAGGCGGCGGUGGUACAGAUGGCGAGGUGUUUGGCAGUAGAGUGGGUUGAUUUUGCGAGGGUGAAUUGUGUGAGCCCAGGAUUCAUUGCUACUGAUAUGCUCAGCGUGCAUCCUGAGGAAUGGAGGGCACAGUGGUUCUCGAUGAUUCCGGCCGCAAGACUCUGCGAUCCGUGCGAGUUGAAGGGUGCGUAUGUGUUCUUGGCGAGCAAUGCGAGUAGCUACAUGACUGGCGCAAAUAUGGUUAUCGAUGGAGCGUAUACAUUGCCAUGA